AUGGCUUACUGUUUAGUAUUUGUUAAUACAAAUAAUGGUCAUCCGUUACUUGUUCGUUCAACAAAUAUUCUUGAACGAAAUGAACACUCUCCUGAAAUGAUAUUAAAUUUAUUAGAACGACCAUCAGAUAAUCAAAUUCCACUUGCUCUGAUUGGAGUUUUAACAAGCUCUUAUACAUUUUCAACAAAAUUUGGUAUUCAACUUCGCUUAUGUCAUACAGAUGAUUGUACAAUACAUUUUUAUGAAUAUAAUGAUCAUUUAUUAAUGUGUUUAUUGGAACCAACAGAAUAUGAUAUACCAAAUGAAUGUACACAAUACAAAUUACUUUUAUUAAGAACUUUAUUUAAUAUGAUUAUUGGAUAUGAAUAUAUUGAUAAGAUCAGUCAAACAAAUCCACAAAAAUUAGAAAAUGAUUUAAAUUUAGUUAAAUAUUAUGUUGAUACUAUUUUAAAUGAUGAACGUACAUUUUCAUUUGGAGAUUUAACUCAAUGUGCUGAUACACCUUGUGGUUUUGAUCGGAAGUAA